CCUGUCCGUUGUCGAGUCAAAGUCAACUGGUGGCAGUAGCUGAAAAACACGACUUGUUUCUAGCCUUCCUCAGAGACCAAAGUCCAAGAGCAGAGAAAUUGGGUAGCCAUGUUGGGCAGUUCUUCUUCUUCUCCUCCUCCUGCAAUGAAGUAUGAUGUGUUUAUCAGCUUCAGAGGGGAGGAUACCCGUGACGGCUUCACCAGCCAUCUCUGCACAGCACUGCGCAAGAGGCACAUCGAAACUUACAUGGAUGACAGGCUUGUGAGAGGGGAAGAGAUUUCACCCGCACUGGAGAAAGCAAUUGAAGAAUCCACCAUUUAUGUCAUUGUUUUCUCCCAAGGCUAUGCUUCUUCCCGGUGGUGUUUGGAUGAACUCACCAAGAUCAUGGAUUGCAAGCACAGAUUCAGGAGGGAAGUGAUUCCAGUGUUCUUUAUGGUGGACCCGGCACACGUUAGGCAUCAGAUAGGAACUUAUGGACAACCAUUUGAGAAGCACCAACAGCGAUACGAAGACAAAGUGCAGGGAUGGAGAUCUGCUCUAAACCAAGCAGCUAAUCUCUCCGGAUGGGAUUCACGAGCAUUCAGACCUGAAUCCAUUCUUGUUAAAGAGAUUGUGGAAGAUAUUUGGACAAAAUUGAAUAGUCAAUCCAUUAAUGAUAAUGGAGGACUUGUUGGAAUUGACAAGCAUAUUCAACAAGUUGAGUCCAUCUUGCAUGGUGAUUCAGCAGAUUUUCGGAUCAUAGGGAUUUGGGGCAUGAGAGGAAUAGGUAAAACAACAAUUGCCCAUGCAUUAUAUCGUAAGCUGGCAACCCAAUUCAGUUACACAAGGUUGUUUGACGAUGUCUCAAAAAAAAUUGAAGAGUACAAAAAUGAUGGAGGAUAUAAGGACAGGAGGCACAUGCUUCAAAGACUGAAGGUUCUCCUCAUUCUUGAUAAUGUGAACAGCGCAGAUCAACUUGAGGAUUUGAUUGGAGGGCGUCAUAGCUUUGGUCCGGGAAGUAGAAUUAUUGUGACUAGUAGUGACAAACAAGUGCUCAACAAUGUAACUGAUGAAAUAUAUGAGGUUAAGAAUAUGGAUUUUCAGGAUUCUCUACAACUGUUCAGCUUACAUGCCUUUAAACAAAACUACCCAAUAGAAUCCUACAUGGAAGUAUCAGAAAAGGUACUCAAUUAUGCUGAAGGGAUUCCGUUAGCUCUCAAAGUUUUGGGCUAUUUUCUUUAUGGUAGAACAAGGGAAGCAUGGGAAAGUGAGUUGCAAAAGUUGGAAAAACUUCCUAAUCCUAAAAUCUUCGAUGUGUUGAAAUUAAGUUUUGAUGCGCUUGAUGAGGAGCAACAAGAUAUAUUUCUUGACAUAGCCUGCUUUUAUAGAGGGUAUGAAGAGCAUACUGCAAAACAAAAACUUAAUGACUCUGGUUUCUCGGCUACCAUUGGAAUAGAAGUUCUCAAGGAGAGGUGCCUCAUAUCUGUUUUGAAUCGGGAGAUUGUGAUGCAUGACCUAAUACAAGAUAUGGGACAAGAAAUCAUCCGUCGUCAAGGUGUCAACGAUCCUGGAAAACGCAGUCGAUUAUUUAAGCAUCAGGACAUUUAUCAAGUUUUAAAAAAGAACGAAGGUUCGCCCUCGUCGUUCCCAGGUCUUAAAGAGAUUUGUUGGUUAGAUCUCUCUAAUUGCGAAUCCCUCACAAUCCUUCCAGUUGAACUUUUCCAGAUGAAAUUUCUAAAAAGACUUGAUCUCUGUGGCUGCUCAAGUUUGGAAAGUUUACCUGAAAUAAACCAGACUAUGGAAAAUUUAACUGUUCUCAUCUUAGACAAAACAGGAAUACAAGAACUACCUUCAUCCUUGCACCAUUUGGUAGGGCUCGAAGAAUUGAGCUUGCAUGGGUGCCGAAGGCUUGAGUUUAUUCCAUCUUCCAUUGGAAGUCUAAGUAGACUCUGCAAGCUGGACCUUACCUACUGUGAAUUGCUUGAAACUAUUCCAAGCAGCAUUUUUAAGUUGAAGUUGUCAAAACUUGAUUUACACGGUUGCUCAAGGCUGAGGAUUUUGCCAGAGAUCAUGGAAGCUGCAAAAAGUAUUGCACACCUUCGGUUAACAAAAGCUGCAGUAAAAGAAUUGCCUUUGUCAUUGGACCAUUUGGUAGGCCUUACAACGUUGUGCUUAUCAUUGUGCAGUGAUCUAGAGUUCCUUCCGAGCAACAUUGUUAAUCUAAGCCUUCUCUCUGAUCUCGAUUGUUCUGGUUGUGUCAAUUUAACAAAAAUCCCAAAUAACAUUGAUCGUUUGUCAUCACUAAGAGAAUUGUCAUUGCAGGGAAGUGGUAUUGUGAACCUUCCUGAGAGUAUUGCUCAUCUUUCAAGCUUGAAAUCAUUGGAUUUAAGUGAUUGCAAAAUGCUUGAAUGCAUCCCUGUGCUUCCACCAUUUCUAAAACAGUUAUUGGCAUUUGAUUGCCCAUCUGUUAGGAAAGUGUCAAGUUCCAGGCUUAAACUCCCACCAGAUUCCAAGGAGGGUCUCUUCAAAUUUCAUUUCACCAACAGCCAAGAAUUGGAUCCAAAUGAUCAUAGUAUUGCUGCUAAUGCAUGUGAUAUGAUUAACCAGGAUGCAUAUAGGUCUGUGCUCUUCUGCUUUCCAGGGAGUGAAGUUCCUCAUUGGUUCCCUUAUCGAUGCAGGGGAAAUUCAGUUACUCUGGAUCCAGGUUCUCUGAAUCCGAUCAACGGUGAUAGGCUCAUUGGUUUCGCACUGUGUGUAGUUUUAGGAAGCUCUGAAGAUCAGAGAAAUAAGGAUAGGGAAUUUCUCUUCGGACUCAAAUUUGAAUAUGAAGGCAUGCAUCUUCUUGCCAAUAAUGAUCUUUUAAGGAACUAUUUCUACUGGAAGGGUAAACGUAUAUUCAAGGUCCAUCAUACUCUCGUGUGGAAAUAUACUUUGGAAUCUUCAGCCAUUAACUACAUGCUCUCUCGUGCCCGAAACUUCAAUUUUGAGAUAUGCGAAGAAUCACAUGGUGUACCAACUUCCAAUGUAGUAGAAUGUGGAAUAUGCCCUCUUUAUUCCAAAGAGAAAGAUAAUGAUUUUCCUGCUGGAGAUUAUUGGGUUCACUACAAGGUUUGCGCACCAGGUCACUGAAUUAUGCGAUAGGCCGAUAGACAAGUGCCAUUUGAAAGGGUAAAA